AAAAAUCCACAAAAUCAUACUUUCAUAGUUAAAAGUCAUCUAUUCGGCGAAAGCGUUUCAAAAGUGAUCAGUCCACGGUUAUUUAUAAUUUUACGGAUUAAGAUAUUAUAUUAUAUAUGAAAACAAGCCAUCCUAUAUGGUAUACGAAGUAAGUUUUUAGUAUUUGGAACACUCUAAUCAUGAGAACAUCGGUAUUGUGUUCGGCAUUCGUUCUAAUCAUUUGCUGUAACUGUGCGACUUGGUUCAAAAACAAGUGUAAGAAUUAUUAUGGAGUCGAGAGGGAUUGGGAUAUCAUACUUUUAAUCGCACUCUUUGCCAGAUCCAAACAUUAAUUGCCUGAUACACAAUAGAUACCGACACGAAUCGGGCUGUCCCGGGCCACGUCGUAUAUUCUACACCUUCCAUCGGGUGCUCUUUGACUGUACUAGGGUAUACACCAGGUGCCCACAGGAGUAUCAGCAAAACGAAUAUAAAACCAGGGGCGAUUGCCGGAAUGAUUGCUAUUACUAUACAAAGCCUAUCUUAAGUACAGAUCCACCAGGGAACGGUACCAACAAUAACAAUACCAACACUAACAAUACCAAUGGUAACAAACCUCGCAAAUUCCAACCGCUCGUACCCAAGCUCAAACUCAAACCGCCUCCUGAAGUUAAAUCUGUUAAAAAUAAUACUUUCGGUGAGGAAUAUCCCUCAUACCCCGAUGAACGAGCUCCUCCGUUUGAGCCUCCUGCGUUUGGAUCUCCCCGAUUUGAUUACUCCCCCUUUGAUGAUUUUCCUUACUAACUUAGUAUUAGACACGGUUCCAAAAUCAUGAGGCUUAAACCCCUUUUCGGAAUUCGAUCCUUGUAAUAAUUUAAAAAUAUAUAUUCAGUGAUUGUAGUAAAUGACUCGUGUUUCGCUUCUACUGUAGAAAUUGAAAAAAAAAUGUACAAUGGAAAUUUCAAUUAGGAAAAUUCUUCAAACCGUGAAAGUGUGAAGAGUCAGUCUGUGGAGAAAAUUAGUUUAUUUUUAAAUUCCCAAUGAGACUGUUGCUGUUUAUUUUAACCGUCGGCUGCGUCGUACUUUUAGUCUGUCCAUGGAAGGCAAGGAACAGGCAUCGAAACAACAAAUGUUUGGUUAAAAACAGAUACAGUGUCGAGAGGGCCUGCCAAGGACCACGUCGGCAUUUCUACACCUUCCAUCGCGUGAUUCUCGACUGCAUCAAGGUGUAUUCCAAGUGCCCGCGAGUACAUGAAUAUAAUGAUUAUCCCACCCUGACCAUGUGUCGGAACGAUUGCAUGUUUCACAUGAAGCCACCAACCGAUUUCCCAUCAACCGCAAAUCCCGGAAACAAUUCAAAUCCCGAUCCCAAUGGUAAUGAUCCCGGAAACAAUGGUAAUCCCGAUCCAGGUGGUAAUGAUCCUGAUCCAGGCGGCAGGCGAUCGGGAAGGAAAAACAAAUGGGUGCAGCGAAAGCUUGGCAAAAAUCAGCAAAAAAAGGCCCAAGAUCAGAAAGGUGCCAAUCACACUCCUAGUCCCGAUUGACUAUAUCCGAUGGGGUAAAAAAAGUUUCUAAAAGUUGUUUAUUAAGAAAUAUUAUUUCCAAAGUCUUAAUAAAUUAGUUUCACAUUUUA